GGUAACGGAGAGGCGGCGGUGGUAAAGGUGAUUCAGGGUUUCUGCAUCUUCCCUCCCUCCCUCCUUCCUAGUCUGGGCACCGGGGCCUGUGACCGCUUCGUUAGCGGAGAGGCAGCUGCCAGUCCGCUUCAGCAGGCCUGUGCCCCCAGCCAUUCUGGCUGCCUCCGUGCUGAGCUCGCGGCUCACGCGGGAGGGACGCGGAGUGACGAGCCGCCGAAGCAGCUUUGCGGUGAGAGCACGCGGGCCGGGGUCGGGCGGGAGCCUGGCGGCGGGAAACGCGCACUCUAGGAAUGAAGCGGUGUUUGGAUGACCAGGAGUCACUGGUGUAUGCAGCCCAGCAGCGUCAAAUCCCUGGCAGCACAGAGGCUUUUCCUCACCGGCACCGGGUGCUUGCCCCCACCCCUCCUGUGUAUGAAGCAGUGGCACAGACCAUGCAGCCAGCCCCGGGAAUUCAGCACUGUAACACCCAGCUACCAGCUUUUAAGCAAAACAACUGCUAAGAACGUUGAUUCUGGGAGAAAUGAUCAUGGGGGCACUGUCAAGAAGCCCCAACUGAACAACAGGCUGCAAAGGCCUAGCCAGAAUGGCUGCCAGAUACACAGACACCCUACAGAAACCACCCCUUCAGUGAAGGUUCCCUCCUGUACCUGAAACAAGAAGAUGCUUUCUGGUGUCUCCUUACCGUAAUGGGAGUUUUCAUGCCUCCGACUAUU